AUGGCCUCGCAAACCCAUCCAUACACCUACGUCAAACCCGCCCAACUAGCCACCCGCUCCAUCGUCUCCGACGCCAAACCCUCAGCAACCACAACCUCCGCCUCCACCUCCCACAAAGCAGCAGAUGCUCAAGGCAAAGCCAACCUAGCCAGUCCAACAACGGACAACUACGAACGAGCAGCAGCAGCAGCAGCAACUGUACAGAACAAGUCAGCAGAAGGUGCUGGUGUCUUGUCCGGCACCGAUAGACCCGGUUUGGACAGGACGAAGAGCUGGAAGAUGCAAGAUAAGCGCCGGGAUCAUAUGGAGGGAGUGCUGAGUGGGCAGCCGAGUGGGAUGGGGUAUUCGAGUACUGGUGGGCAGUAG